CUGUAAACUUAAUAGACGAGCCUGAUCUAAGUGACACGUUCUUUGUUGGAAUGGUGAAUUGUGAAAGUGAACAAAUAAAUAAACCAGACAAUGUAAAUGAUGUCACUACAGAAGAUAAGUGGAUAGCUCCUCUAAUGAUAAAUGGGACUGUAGUCACCAUGAGAUUGGACACUGGUGCAAAAGCAAAUCUCAUAAGCAUGUGUGAUGUGAAGGCAAUGAAAGAUAAGCCACAAAUAAAAAGAAAAGAAUCUGGACUGAAAGACUACAAUGGGCGGCCAAUCAAAUGUUUGGGCACAUGCAGGUUGAGUGUCACAGUUAAAGGAAAAGUGCACCACCUAUCCUUCUUUGUUGUGAAUGAGGGACGUGAAUCACUUCUGGGUGACAGAGCCUGUGAAGAACUGGGGCUUGUGAAAAGAGUGUAUCGCAUCAUCCCAACCAUAAACCCAACAAAUGACUCUAUGGACACAAUUGUUCAGAACUUUUCAGAGGUUUUCAAGGGUUUUGGUGUUUUGCCCUUCACAUAUAAAAUACAGUUGAAAGAAGGAGCCCAACCAGUUGUGCAUGCAGCACGCAGAGUUCCGGCGCCACUGAAAGACUGCCUAAAGAAAGAACUCGAUAGAAUGAUCAUGCUAGGAGUGAUCGAAAAGGUUAAUGAGCCUACAGACUGGGUCAACUCACUGGUCAUCACAAAGAAAAAGAAUGGUGAGUUGAGAAUAUGUAUGGACCCUAAAGACUUAAAUGAGAGCAUAAAGCGUGAACAUUAUCAAAUACCUACACGUGAAGAAAUCAUCAGUGAAAUGUCAGGUGCCAACUACUUCACAAAGCUUGACGCCUCACAAGGCUUCUGGCAGCUGAAACUGGAUGAAAGCAGCACCAAGUACUGUACCUUUAAUACGCCCUUCGGCAGACACUGCUUUCUCAGGCUGCCUUUUGGAAUCAAGUCAGCACCUGAAAUAUUUCACAGAGCGAUGGAGCAGAUCAUCGAGGGCUUGGAUGGAGUUCGAGUCUACAUUGAUGACAUCAUCGUAUGGGGUUCCACAGCCCAAGAGCACAACGAGAGGCUGAACAGAGUUAUGGAACGCAUACAAAAGUAUGGACUGAAACUCAACAAGAGUAAAUGUGAGUUUGGCGUUCAAGAGAUCCUCUUCCUGGGAGACAAGCUGUCUGCACGUGGUGUCCAACCAGAUAAAGACAAAAUACAUGCAAUACAGAACAUGCCAAGGCCCACAGACAAGACAGGGGUGCUACGCAUCAUGGGGAUGGUGAAUUUCAUAGGUAAAUUCAUUCCCAAUCUGACAGCAAAGACGUCAUGCAUACGAGAGCUUCUGCACAGGGACUGUGAGUUUAAAUGGACAGUGAAACAUGAGCAUGAGUGGCAAAAACUCAAGGACACACUGAGCACAGCACCUGUGUUGUCAUUUUAUGACCACACGAAGAGGAUAAAAGUGUCUACAGAUGCUUCCAAAGAUGGUAUUGGUGCCGUUCUACUCCAGGCUGAGGGUGAGCACUGGAAACCGGUAGCCUAUGCAUCUCGGGCUAUGACAAAAACUGAAUGCCGAUACGCUCAGAUCGAAAAAGAAUGUUUGGGACUGGCGUAUGGUUUGGAGCGGUUUCAUAGCUACGUGUACGGCCUGCCGUCUUUCACAGUCGAAACUGAUCAUCGACCGCUGGUCGCCAUCAUCAAAAAGAAUCUGAAUGAAAUGUCUCCACGGAUUCAGCGGUUAAUGAUGAAGAUGCAAAGGUAUGAUUUUGAACUGAUAUAUACUCCAGGUAAACACCUAGUCCUUGCUGAUGCCCUAUCCAGAGCAACUACAGGCGACAGUGUGAGUGCAACAGACGAGGACAUACAGUGUCACGUGAACAUGGUGUCGGCUACACUGCCUGUGUCUGACACAAAGUCAAGACAAAUAGCGGGGGCUACAGCAACGGAUGCUGAGCUACAGCAUGUCAUGCAGAACAUGGAUGAGGGAUGGCCAGCUGGUUCAUGUCCACAAUUUUACCAUGUUAGAGGUGAGCUUAGUACUGUGGAUGGUCUGCUGUUGAAAAAGGGCAGGAUUGUUAUUCCACAGGCUUUGAGAAUGGACAUGUUGCACAGGAUACAUGAAGGCCAUCUCGGCAUCGAAAAGUGUAAAAGGAGGGCGAGAGACACGGUUUUCUGGCCCGGACUGAACAAAGACAUUGAAACACUUAUAAGUAAAUGUGAAACAUGCCAGAAACACAGGAACAAGCAGAGCAAAGAGCCUAUGGUGUUAGCUGAGGUGCCAACAGCACCAUGGCACAAAGUAGGAAUGGACUUGUUUCAUCUCAGAGGUAAAGACUAUUUAGUGAUAAUGGAUUACUACUCAAACUUCCCUGAGAUGGCGCUACUAACAAGCUCAACAUCAACUUGUGUCAUAACACAUGCUAAAUCUAUCUUCGCCAGGCAUGGCAUCCCACACACCGUGGUGAGCGACAAUGGCCCCUGCUUCAGCAGCAAAGAAUGGUAG